ACGCCCUGAUCGCGAGCAGAGUCUUCGUUGAAUCCUCUUCUUCUUCUUCUUCUUCUUCUUCCCUUCCUGCAGUUACCCAAGCGAUCUCUUUGCUCCUCUCUCUCUCUAUAUCUCUAUCUCUCUCUAUCUCACUGGCCACGCCUAUCCGACCAUGAAGCGCCCGAUCGAGGACGGCGCCUCCGCCCCCGCCCCCGCCUCCGCCCCGGCGGCCGCCACCGCCGCCAAGCCUGUCUUCCUCACCAAGGCCGAGCGCGAGAAGCUCGCCCUCCAGCGCCGCCAGGACGAGGUGGCCACCGCCCAGAAGCGCCGCCAGGAGCAGCUCCUCCUCGCCCAGGACGGCGGCGGCGGCUCCGACCAGAAGCCCUCCGAUCCCGACCGCCGCGACCGCGACCGCGACCGCGACCGGGAGCGGGACCGGCCGCGAGACCGGGAACGGGAGCGCGACAGGGAGCGGGAGCGGGAGCGGGACCGCGAGCGGGAUCGACGGGAGCGGGAUCGUGAAUCCGAGAGGAGGAACCGCGAGAGGGAGCGCGAGGAGGAGGCGAAGGCACGGGAGCGGGCCCGGCUGGAGAAGCUGGCGGAGAGGGAGCGGGAGAAGGAGCUCGACGCCAUAAAGGAGCAGUACCUGGGGUCGAAGAAGCCUAAGAAGCGGGUCAUCAAGCCGAGCGAGAAGUUCAGGUUCUCGUUCGAUUGGGAGAACACUGAGGACACCUCCCGGGACAUGAACGCGCUCUACCAGAACCCUCACGAGGCGCAGCUGCUGUUCGGGCGAGGGUUCCGCGCCGGCAUGGAUCGCAGGGAGCAGAAGAAGCUCGCGGCGAAGAACGAGAAGGAGCUCCGUGAGGAGAUUCGUCGGAAGGAAGGGGUUGAGGAGAAGCCCGAGGAGGCCCUCGCGCAGAAGCAAAGAGAGGAGGCUGCGGAUGUGUAUGAUACGUUUGAUAUGAGGGUUGAUAGGCAUUGGACCGAGAAGAAGCUCGAGGAGAUGACCGAGAGAGAUUGGAGGAUCUUCAGGGAAGAUUUCAAUAUCUCCUACAAAGGGUCUAAGAUACCUAGGCCUAUGCGGAGCUGGGCAGAGAGUCAUUUGAGCUCCGAGCUUCUGAAGGCUGUGGAGAGAGCAGGGUACAAGACACCUUCUCCUAUUCAGAUGGCUGCAAUUCCUCUUGGGUUGCAGCAGCGCGAUGUCAUUGGCGUUGCGGAGACUGGUUCUGGUAAGACUUGUGCUUUUGUGCUCCCUAUGUUAACUUACAUUUCAAGGUUACCUCCGCUGACUGAGGAGAAUGAGGCCGAAGGGCCUUAUGCUGUUGUGAUGGCACCGACUCGUGAACUUGCUCAACAAAUCGAGGAGGAGACUAUGAAGUUCGCCCAUUAUAUGGGGAUUAAGGUGGUUUCAAUUGUUGGUGGGCAGUCAAUCGAGCAGCAGGGGUUUAGGAUUAGGAAUGGAUGUGAGGUUGUGAUAGCAACACCAGGGCGUUUGGUUGAUUGUCUGGAGAGGCGUUAUGUUGUUCUUAACCAGUGUAACUAUGUUGUUCUUGAUGAGGCUGAUAGGAUGAUUGAUAUGGGUUUCGAGCCACAAGUUGUGGGUGUGUUGGAUGCAAUGCCGUCCAGUAAUUUUAAGCCUGAGAAUGAGGAUGAGGAGCUUGACGAGAAGAAGAUCUACCGCACUACUUAUAUGUUUAGUGCUACGAUGCCGCCUGCUGUCGAGCGGCUCGCAAGGAAGUAUUUGAGAAAUCCUGUAGUGGUUACAAUAGGUACUGCUGGAAAAACUACUGACUUGAUAUCUCAACAUGUGAUGAUGAUGAAGGAAUCAGAGAAGUUUCCCAGGUUACAGAAGUUCCUUGAUGAACUUGGCGAUAAGACAGCAAUUGUCUUUGUUAACACUAAGAAGAAUGCAGAUACAGUUGCUAAGAAUCUGGAUAGGGCAGGCUACAAAGUGACUACUUUGCAUGGUGGAAAGUCUCAGGAACAAAGAGAGAUAAGCCUGGAAGGUUUUAGAUCCAAGAGAUAUACCGUGCUAGUGGCAACAGAUGUCGCAGGGCGUGGUAUUGAUAUACCUGAUGUGGCCCAUGUAAUUAAUUAUGAUAUGCCUGGUAACAUAGAAAUGUAUACGCAUCGUAUAGGGCGAACAGGUCGUGCUGGUAAGACUGGUGUGGCUACAACAUUCCUGACUCUACACGACACAGAUGUCUUUUAUGAUCUGAAGCAGAUGCUUAUUCAAAGUAACAGUCCAGUGCCUCCUGAGCUGGCGAGGCAUGAGGCAUCAAAAUUCAAGCCUGGAUCAAUUCCUGACAGGCCUCCUAGACGAAAUGACACCGUUUUUGCUCACUAAUCAAGUGGAGUUAUUGGAAGAUAGUUUAUAGUAUAGGAUCUAGUUAUUGUUCCAUGCACUGUGCAAUACUCUUCUCCAAAUGAAGAAUUCAGUAUACUAUUUGAUGAGUGCUAUCGGUCCAAAUUUGUCCAGUUAGGUGGAAGGCUAUGUUUUCAAGGCUUACCUAGCUUGUCCUGUAAGGGAUAUCUUUUGCAUGUUGUUCCUCCACAGUUAUUUCAGAAUUUGAACUCUCCAUUAGCAUCCCUUCCGGGUGGCGUUCUACACUUGUGAGCAUGUUAGGUCCAAAAGUCUGAUCCACGCCUGAACAAACCCAAUCAGAAGUAAGAUGAUUGCUCCGGAAGGAGCUUCAUCUGCCUAAGCACCAGAGCUGCUUUCUUCCUAUGUCCAUCCUCAUGGACAAGUUGAAUAAGAACUCCCUCGAUCCUUCGGAAUGAUGGAUCGGUAAGACUUGUGUGACUCAAGAUCUUCUCCAAAAGGUCCAGAGCUUUUGGUUUCACUGAAUGGGACCCUUUCUCCAAGACAUGUAAAAUUGCAUCUAUGCCAUGAUUGUCAACAAUAGCGGCAGUUGCUUGAGAUAGUGUUCUGUCAUCUGUCAGCAAUGUUUCAAGUGCCAUCAAAGCAGCCUCUUGCACGCCAGGAUCUGUCCCCUUCAAUGAUUUCAUGAGUGGCAUCAUUGCAUCUGUCUUGACAAGGCAGAAAGUGUCCCUUGACGAGCAAGCGAUACCAUGAACAGAACACAAGCUUUCAAUUUCUGAUGAGGGGGAACAACACCAGGAAAAGUUGGGGAAGAGCUUCAGUAAUCGGCUGAGUGGUGCUGCCUUUCUGUCUGCUGUAGGGAUAACUGUUUCACGAGAAAAUGACAAGCUGGUAGACUGGGAUAAAUGGGCUAGUGCAAUUGCCGCACGUUGCUUGGCUAAAGAGCUCCGACUGGACAGCGCACGGAUCAGUGAUGGAUACAGUUCGAGUUUUCCCACUUGCUUCUGUAGAUAAAUCUUGGACGGUUCUGUGUAGUGUAGUAGUGCUGCCAGUGCAUUCUCCAACAGAAGUUCACCCAAAUUUGGCACAGUUUGAGCUCGAUUGCUUUCCAUGUCUACCCCACAUAUGAUCUCAUAUAUGGCUUUUAACACAUCUGAUUUAAGUAAUAGAUCAUCAACAGUGGUAUCAUCUUUUGGGAGUUGGCCGAUGAUUCCAGCAGCAACAGACCUUUCUUCCGGAUCUUGUGAAUUCGUAAGAAUAAAUGCUAUUUUGUGAAUGACAGCUUCUUUUCUGGGUGUUGGAGGAAGUGGAACUCCACCAAGGUGACCUUUGGAGAUACUGUAUACAAGUUCCAUUGCCCAUCUUCUUACUGCAGGCUGGGCGUUUUCGAGGCAAGAGUAGAGAUGGGCAUUUGCAUCAUCAUCCAAUCGGAUUAGUUCUCUAGCUUGCUCAGAUUUAUGGCUGAGCUCCACCAGCAACUGUAAAAACUUUAUUCUAGCUUGAGUCUCAGAAGUAGAUAUGAGGUGUAAGAAUAAAUUGAUGCUGUGCUCAGACUGGAGCUCCUUCAAGCCUUGAAAUAUCUGGAAGUCACAAGGCUCAGUGGCCCCAACAAGCAACGCGAGAACCUCUACAGCUUCUUCCUUUGAGUAUGGAUCAGACAUUACGUGUGAUAUGAGGCCGAGCAAGAGUGGAAUAGUCAUGGUGUCUGCCAGGAGCUGCUUAGAAAUAGCGGUGUGUGCCAUGAGUUUUUUGAUGGCCUGGAGACAAGCUGAUUUGUAUGCCGGGGAGCUUGAAGAGAGCAUUUCGACCAGACUGUGUAUAAAUGAAUCAUUUUUCAAAUCAAUGAUGCUAGUCUCCUUGAGUUGCAUCUGUACUAAAGCCGCAGCCAUCAGUGCUCUGGUCUCCUGUGAUCCUGAAUGAAGAGUUCAACAAAGUAACUACAUGGUUCUUAAAAUAACAAAAGAUUCUGUUAGCUGGUUUUACGUACCUUCGUUGAAGCGACAAACAAAUGGUUUGAAGUAUCCACAUUCUGCCAUUUUGACGAUGAAGUGGGUGUUAAAGGACAGAUUUUGCAGCACUAUGUGAGCUUUCUCCGACACAUCUCUUUCCGAGUAGUGAAGCAUGGAAACUAUUAGGGGAAUGCUGUUUUUGGCUUUUCCAAUUUCCUCUGCAAUUGCCUCUCUCGAGGACAGCUCCAACAAGACUGCAAUAGCAUCGUGUCCCGCUUCAUCUUUAUAGAGAUGUUUCACAACGAGAUGAAUUGCUCCCGCUUUAACAAUGGAUUCCUGCAACUUUUUGGCAACGGUAUCUCUCACACACUCAGAAAACAACAAAGAUGAAAUAAUCAUUGCUUAAUGAUCUCACCUUGCAUUCUUCUGAGUGUCUGGCUAGGUAGCUGAGACAUUUAAGCGUAGCCGCAGUAUGUAACCUUUUGUUUUUCAGAAAGCCGACCAACCUUGGAAUGGGAUUUUCUUCUGAAAAUUUGGCAGCAUAGACAGGCGUUCUCAGGAGAGACUUCAUCUCCUCUAAAGCACCAUUUUGUGUAGACUCCUCAUCGGAAUUGAUCCCCUGUAUUGCCGCUUGGAAUUUUAAGUCCAUGUCCCUUUGCCUCCAUUCUUGGAUGGAUCCUCGAAGAGAGAGGUUUGGUGUUAUGUCCGGAGAGGGAAGCUUCUCUUUGCAGGUGGGGCAAACUGGUUCUCCUCUUUUAAAGUGCUCUUGAAUGGCCUUCUUCUCAAAGCUAUGGCCACAUAAGAUUGCAACGGGUUCUGUCAUAAGUUCAUGGGAGAGUGGGCAUAGAAAUGAGUCGAUUGGGUAAUACUGGCGACGUGUGUUGGAAUUAUCAUCUACAGGCCUUGUCACGAUUUCUGUGCUGUAGAGAAGCUGUAUUAGCUGUGACAGCUGAAGUGCCUCGGCCUGUUUCUUUUGAGCCUCCAUUUCUUCCUUCUCUUGCUUCAAAAUUGUUAACUCCUGUUGCACUAAGGAUGUAUUCUCGCUAGCUCCAACAGCUUCUGCAAUUUUCUCCAAGAGUUUCAUGGCACUCCUGUGGUUAUUUCUUUCCUGUUUUAUCGAGUUCUCUAUCUCUGAAGAAAUUCUCUCUAUUGCAGUUGAAGACUGGAACUCCAUGGACCCCAGUUUGUCGAUGAUGUUGCCGAUCAUUGUCUUUACAUUCAAGCUGAUGCUGAGAUUGACCAACUGCAAUGAAGAGAUGGUUUCAGCAAUCUCUUUGGCCAAUCCCUGCAUCUGAGCGAGGACUCUGCUCAAACGGAGUAUGAGGCGGAGGCGGCUGCCGGAUCUACAAUCUUCGAUGACAUCACACGCAAGAUGUAGCUGGGAAUUCAAUUUCUGCAGGGUAGUCUUUGUGAACUCUGAGCCGAGCUCGGCUUCAACCUUCCCGGCAUCCACGGUCUGGAGGACGCUGAUCAGUUGCGAUAUGCUUCCCGAGAACUCCUGAAAGCUGUCCUUUGCAAGCACCACAUCCCGUGUUUCGCCCGCGAGCUUUAUGGCUUGUAGAGUCACCCUGUUCCAUAGUUCUUGCAGAACAGCCGCUCCGAUGUCCUCGAUUCCGAUGUUGAAGUCCAUCGGGGGCCUCAUUGGUCUGUGGCAAAUACGCGGAGACCGGGUGAGCUAAUCCAAGUUGACCAAGAUGACAGCGGAUUUCCUGGAAACCUAAGCUCCGAUGUGGCCGGCAAGAACUGCAGUGGACAACACAAUCAUGGUUCAGUCAAUCUCCAGGGGUAUAGAGGGAAAGGGAGAACUGAGGAAGGAGAUGGACCAUGAGCUAAAUUUUGGGUCGUGAGUAGUCGAGCGGAGCGAAAGUCUUCUCCCGUUCUUUUCCUUCGACCCCUGCAAGUACUUCAAGAAGACUUGGUUUAAAAUGGUGAGGUUAAGAAGUCAGGAAAGUUGACAUCGAGAGCAGCACUGUGUUUGGUCUGUCGUGAAGUUGGGGUCUUGACUUGAAAAUCAACUCACGCCAUGCAUUCGUUCUCGCGUUCA